GAAGUUCACAAUACGAUUCCCUGCACACACCAUUUGUUUUCUCGUGGAUCGCAUUUAUUGUAAUUAUCGUCUCGUUUGGCCAUCUUCUCCUCGUGACAGUGGGUCAAUUUAUUCAGAAAUUUCUAAAUAUUUGUGAAUAAAAAUACUAUACAUUCUCUCUUUGGUGACUAAAUAACUCUUGCACCCCAUAUCACUGUGUGUAGAUCCAUUUCGUGUCUGUGUAACUAAAUCAGAUCCUCAUGGAUAACGAAUCUCCGAAGAAGGUCGCUCCGGCCUUCUACAAGGCGCCCGUGAAGAAGGCUUACAAUUACGAGUUUCCCGCGAAGGAUCGCGAUGUCAAAGUUAUUCAGCAUCGUUUCACACCUCGUCCUGCCUCUGUUCCUUCUCCACAGGUCUCUGAAGGCGGUCAGGCCAGUGGUUCGGGCAUCAAGUUGGGCGACACGAUCACGAAAAUUAACAAUAUGGACACAUCUGAAAUGUCCCUGGCCGAGGCUAAUGCUGAAAUUCAGGCCACAGACAAGGAGAUUCAGCUUUCAGUGAAGAGCUUCGAGGAUGACCAGGAGCAAGUGGGCGAGGAGCGGGAUGUGACACUGAAGGCGAAGAAGGGCGCCGAGGCGCCGAGGAAGAAGUCCAUGCCGCAGCUGGAACAGCCGAAAGAGCAAACGUGGAUCCCACAGCCCGAAAGAAAAGUCUGGCAUCCAAUUGUGUGGCAGCAACCUCCGCCACCUGUUGCACAAGAAUCUUACGGCCCAGAUGCGCCACACAAGCGGAUCAUCAGGAACAUCAGGCGUCUGCUCAACGAAACGGAGGAUCAGCCCGAGGAGCGCUGGAAACACAUUGAAAAUAUGCUUUUGGCCCUUCCCACGGCCUCCAAAAACUAAUGAGCUAGUCUUAGAUUUGUCGAUGUCCUCCCCAGAGCUUCUGAUCGAGAUAUUCGAUAACCUUUCUGCUUCAACGAAUGCCGAUAUAACUAUUAAAAGUGUAUUUUGAUGGCAAAUGUGUGUGCAUUUCUCUCAUUGAAUUUUCCAUUCCAUUUUCUCAUAGAAAAAAGCAAGGAAAAAAGGCAAUCAAAUGGAAAUUUUCCGAUCGAAAUUUGUACUGCGUAUCUUUUCUCAGGAGAUCCCUUCGGAAAAUUUCCCUUUGAGACUUCUCGAAGAUCACUAAAAAGAUGCCCCAUUCACAGGCCUCACGCUCGAGGAAC